GUCCGUCUUUUGUGAAUUUCUACCUACUUUCUUUUCCUUUCUCUUCCUCUUCUUAUCUCUUCCCUAAUACUCACUCACUAUUCCCCAAUCUCAUAUCGGACCGAGAUGAAGACCGUCGCAGCACUCCAGAGGGUGUCUCUUACCCACUCCUGCCGGCCAACAUCACCAUUGGUGUUCGAUUUCCUCGCGCCGUCAACUUUGCGACAGAGCUCUCGCGGAUACAAAUCCACAGCAAAGACACCCUUUUGGGGGAAAUCGCACGAUGCGUCUCCAUCGCCCGACACGACCGCCAGUUCGUCAAAACCUAAAUAUGUCCUCAGUCAAAAACAACGCGAGUUCUUGGAUAGUGCACUUCGGGUCAACCAGGCCGGAGAGCUUGCAGCUACUUUAAUUUACAAGGCGCAAACGCCGCAGGUCGUGCGUUCCCAUCCUCACCUGCGUCCUUUGAUGAAGCACAUGUAUGACCAAGAAGCUGGGCACUUUUCGACCUUCAAUCAGAUGGUUGCGAAACAUCAAGUUCGGCCAACGGCAAUGUAUCCGAUAUGGGAGGUGGCGGCAACAUUUCUCGGCUGGUCAACUGGAGCAAUGGGACGUGAGGCUGCCAUGGCCUGCACUGAAGCCGUGGAGACGGAGAUUGGCUCUCACUACAAUGAACAAGUGCGGGAGAUACUGUCGUGGCAGGCGGAAGCGGAGCGUAGAGGGGAAGAACUGGACGAUGAAUUGAAGGAUAUGCUGGCAACGUUCCGACGAAUCCGCGACGAAGAAUUAGAGCAUUUGGAUCAUGCUGUCGAGAAUGACGCCAAAGAAGCUCGACCCUACGAUCCUCUGGUCAGUGUCAUCCGAUUAGGGUGUAGAGCGGCUAUCAAUAUCAGUGAGAAGGUGUGAUCCAGCAAGCGAGCUUCGAUAUAAUUUCAGGAGCGGUAAGGGGUACCAUACGGGGUGGUAGACCGCUCAUACGCUACAGGUCUUUUGUACGAUACCACACGCAUAGUGGGUGUAUUAUAUUCUUGAUUAACGGUUUGUGAACAUUGACGAUCUUUGGAGACGUAUCUAUUUGUCUUCUUU